AUGAGCCAAGACAUAACCGAAUUGAAAGCUUUUAAGGAAGAAGUAAAUUCUAACUUGCAAAACCAAGGAGCUGCCAUCCAGAAGCUAGAAAAUCAAAUUUUGUAUUUGACUAAGCAAGCCCCUGGGACAAGCGGCUCUCAUGCUGCCAAGGCUAUUGCAAGGGAAGAAUGUAAGGCCAUAACCCUCAGAAGUGGAAAGAAUCUAAAGGAGAUCUCAAAGGAAACCACAGAGGAUGAAGCAAAGGAAAAUGUGAAAGACAAAGAACAAGGACGAUCUUUUACACCGUCUGCAACAAAAGAAAAAGAAAAAGAGGUCCUGAAGCCUUACACACCUAAAGCACCUUAUCCUCAACGUUUGAUGAAAAGUGAAAAGGAUGGCCAAUUCUCCAGGUUCUUGGAGAUUUUCAAGAAGCUCCAAAUCAACAUUCCGUUUGCUGAGGCAAUAGAGCAAAUGCCACUCUAUGCAAAAUUCUUAAAAGACUAG